AUGAGUAGAAAAUGCAUUUCUCUCGAGGAGAAAAUCAAAAUCCUGGACAGACUGAAAUCAGGGGAGAAGGUGAUAAUAAUUGCCAAGGAUUUAAAUCUAAACGAGGCGACAAUUCGAACGAUAAAACGAAACGAGGACAGGAUAAGAGCCACGGUGAGGCGGUUUUCCUUGAGGAACAUGAAACUCGGUGGAGAGACCGCGUCAGCGGAUAUGGAGGCAGCUCAGAGGUUUCGGGAACACCUGGCCAAAGUUAUCCAAGAAGGGAAUUACACUGCGGACCAGGUGUACAACGCUGACGAGUUCACGUUAUUUUGGAAGAAAAUGCCGGAACGAACGUACCUUUCGAGGGACGAGGAAUCUGUUUCGGGACUAAAGGCCUCUAAGGACAGAAUCACGCUGCUGUUAUGCUCGAACGCAUCUGGAGACUUGGUCACCAAGCCAAUGUUGAUCAACCGCUCGAUAAACCCACGUGCAAUGAAAGGAAUAGACAAGGCGACUCUACCUGUUUAUUGGCAAGCAGACGACAAGGCGUGGGUUACAGGUGUCAUCUUUAGCGAUUGGUUUUACAAUUGCUUCAUCCCAGAGGUGCAAGACUACUCGAAGAGGAAAGGUAUCGAUUUCAAGGCUUUGUUGCUUAUCAACAACGCGCCAGGACAUCCGACAAAUUUGAGUCACCCCGCUGUUAGAGUGGUUUUCCUACCACCUAACACCACGUCCAUCCUGCAGCCACUGGACCAGGGGAUAAUAAGGACGUUUAAAUCCUAUUAUAUACGAUACUCGUUCGAAUUGAUCUUGGAGAAAAUUGGUCGUAGGCCCAAUUCGGAGACAAUCGCGCAGAUAUGGAAGGAUUUUUCGAUUCUAAACUGCAUCGAGAUCAUUUCGUUGUCUCUGAAGGAGUUGAAACCUUCGAUAUUGAAUGCCUGCUGGGAGAAGAUCUGGCCAGAGGUCGUCAGGGUGAAUUGUUUGGCCUCCACGACGAAGAUGGAUCAUGUCAUGAGCGUUGAUCGAAGUUUAGCAGAAGAUGUCACAGAAUUAAAUAACAGCGACCAAGACCUGGACGAAGAGGAAUUGAUACAACUGGCUGAGUUCGAUUCCACUAGUACCAAUCAGGAAAGUUCAUUGGAAAUUCCCAGUGUGCAAGAUCGACAUUUUAGUUUAAAGACGUUGAACGAGGGAUUGGAGCUGGCUAGAAAACUGGAAGAAUAUUUUACGAAUAACGAUCCAUCGAGAAAUCGUUCUGAUGAAUUUAAGGAAAAAUUACGGAAUUGUUUAGUUCCGUAUGUGGAAUUGAAAAGAAGCUUGGAAAAUAGGAAGAAUGAAUUCAUGGAAAGGAGAGAAGAUACUCGUUUGAAGGAAGAAAACAGCAGGGGCGAAGCAGGUGACUCUUCGAUCUAUGAGAUAACAGAGCCGAGACGUAAGAGAAGAAGAAGCUUAUCUGUGUACAGCAGUGACAGUGAUUAA